ACAGACCUCUAGCCAAUGCUCGUAUGACAUAUCUCGUAUUUAACCCUUUAUAACCGGUUUUUUGUUUGUUUGUAAGAAGAAUUACACGACCAGUAAAUGGGAAAUGAAAAUUAAAACUUAAUUAAGUUUAAAAAACAAAUAUGUAGACAAAUGUAUACGUAAAUAUCAACUCUUGACAUUAUAGAGGGUUAACAUCUUGAAUAUAAAUAAGAUUGAUUUGUGUACACUAAACUGACAAGAGUGACCAGAUAUUCAACAUAUGUGUUGCUAAAUAAUGUGAUAAUGCGUCAAGACUGGGAAUUAGAUCAAGAGAAGCCGUGUUUUCGCAUUUAAAUAAUUAUAUGCACCACAGUUGAGUACAUAUGUAGAAGUGCAGGUGACUGGAUAACCUAAAAUAGAACUGUUUAUUGUCAAUCCAGACCUAUCGAUCAAGAUUUUUGGUGGAAUCAAGAUUAAAAUCAGACUUAUUCUGGACCUGAAUUAAUUUACUCUUUCUAACUUUAAUCGAGGAUAUCCCAAAAAUAAAAAAGAAAAGAAUCAGGUUAACCGGCUGAACCGCUUCUCGUUUGAAUGUGAUCAAACGUUAUCUUUUGCACGUGUAAAAGCUUUAAUUAAUCCGACGGAAAUUUUGACGAAAACGAAAGUAUAAGGGAUACUGAGCCGUCGUUUCGAUACAUAAAACAAUACACGAUACAACGCAAUGUCUGAUAAAACUGUAUUUGUUACCAUUGGCACAACAAAAUUUGAUGAUCUGAUAACUACAGUGUUGAGUCGCGCAGUCCUGGAGGCUCUGUCAGCACGCGGUUACAACCAUCUGAUCUUGCAAAUUGGCAACAGCAACUUGAAACCAGAUUGCACUGCGCGUUAUGGUUUCCGUAAGAUAGAAACUUUUGGUUUAAGUCCAUCCAUUGGGGAGUACAUGCAACUGGCAGACCUUGUGAUAAGCCAUGCAGGUGCGGGAAGUGUAUUGGAAGCUUUAGAAAAACGCAAACACUUAAUUGUGGUGACCAACGAUCUGCUCAUGGACAAUCAUCAGAUUGAAUUGGCUGAACAGCUAUACAAAGAUGAGCACUUGUAUUACUCUACUUGUCAAAAUUUGUUGCCUGUUAUACGAACGAUGGACUUGGCGAAGUUAAAGCCAUUCACCAGUGACAAAAGUACAGAUAUAGCCAAUUUUAUUGACAAAAUAAUGGGAUUUAGGUGACGAUGUUGGGAUA